UUCUGUUGGCUAUUCUGGCGAUCUUCGUUUUCGUUUACGAAGACAAGUUGAGGUUGUGUUGCCGUCUUCUCUCUGUCUAAUUAUUUAUCCAAUUUUAUGAUAAAUAAAAAUGGAUGAACCUACGAAUCUUGGGCCUCCACCCCUUUUAUUAAAUUCAGAUAUGAUGCAAAUGCCUCCUCCUGAUCUGGUACAAGGAGGUCCACCACCUAAUAACAUGGGUCCUCCUCCAACUAGUAGUUUAGGCCCCCCGCCUGCUUUUGGUCCUCCGGGAACACAAGGAUGGACUAGUGAUGAAUUUCCUACCUUGGGACCUCCACCUUCACUACUACAACCACCACCUUUAAGUGAAAAACAACUUCCAUCACUUCUUUCACUAAAAGUUGAUCCUCCAGAACAAUUAAUGGAAUCAAGUUCUGAAGUGGUUCUUCCUCAAGCAUUGGAAGAAGUUUUGGCAUUAAAAAAUCAAAGGCAACUGGAACUUGGUACAGAAAAUGAUGCUGCUGGUAAUGAAAAUCUGCAGGCUCAAAAGGAUGCUGAUAGGGAACCUUUAUGGGAAAAAGAUGAUAAUGUGGAUCCAGUAAUAGACACAGAAGUUGAACCUUUAAAACAGCAAAAAGAAAAAGAAAUAAAAGAUAAAGUAAGUAAAAACAAGAAAAAGAAGAAAAGGAGAAAGAACAAGAAAAAUAGAGAAAAUGAAAAACUAAAUGGACAAAAAGAAACAGAAGAUAACCAGGAAAAAGCUGUGGAUGAAGAGGUUGAAAUUGAGUAUGUUCAAGAGUCCAUUGGUUUACAUGAAUUAGCACCACAAUAUCGUCAGUUUUACAGUAUAUUUGAAUCUUUUAAAAUAUCUGACCAAAAGGCUGAUAUUGCUCCUCCGAUAUUAGCACUUCCUACUUCUUUGUCCAGUAAGGCAGUGCCAAGUGCUGAUGAUAUGGAUGACAUGGAUGAGUCAGAAGAGAAAAAAUAUGAAGAUAAAACUAAGUUAUCGAAAAGGAAAAUGAAGAAACUCACAAGGUUAAGUGUGGCUGAAUUAAAACAGUUAGUAAAUAGACCUGAUGUUGUUGAGAUGCAUGAUGUUACAGCAAGAGAUCCUAAGCUUCUAGUACAGCUCAAAGCUCAUAGAAAUACUGUGCAGGUUCCAAGGCAUUGGUGUUUUAAAAGAAAGUAUCUACAAGGCAAGAGGGGAAUAGAGAAACCUCCCUUUAAUCUUCCUGAGUUUAUUAAAAAAACUGGAAUCAUGGAAAUGAGAGCAUCUUUACAAGACAAAGAUGAAUCUAAAACUCUUAAGGCCAAAAUGAGGGAAAGAGCUAGACCUAAGCUAGGAAAAAUUGAUAUUGAUUAUCAAAAACUGCACGAUGCCUUCUUUAAGUGGCAAACUAAACCUAAGAUGACUAUUCACGGAGAUUUAUACUACGAAGGCAAAGAAUUCGAAACCAGAUUGAAAGAAAAGAAACCGGGUGAUCUCACUGAAGAACUCAGAACAGCUCUCGGUAUGCCGGUUGGGCCGAACGCCCAUAAAGUACCUCCACCAUGGUUGAUUGCCAUGCAACGUUACGGUCCACCGCCGAGCUAUCCUAAUCUAAAAAUUCCCGGAUUAAAUGCUCCCAUUCCUGAAGGCUGUGCAUUCGGUUACCACGCCGGUGGUUGGGGUAAACCACCCGUUGAUGAAAACGGGAAACCUCUUUAUGGAGAUGUAUUUGGCACAAAUACAAGUAAUAUUGAUGAUAUUGGAGAAGAUCCUAAUAUCGACAGGUCUCUGUGGGGCGCUCUGGAAUCGGAAUCUGAAGAAGAAAGCGAAGAGGAGGAGGAAGAAGAAGAAAAGGAAGCUCAAGCGGUUCCAGAUGAAACUGGUCUAAUAACGCCUGCAGAAGGUCUAGUAACUCCAAGUGGCAUUUCAAGUAUCCCAGCUGGAAUGGAGACUCCUGAAACUAUCGAACUUCGUAAGAAGAAAAUUGAAAACGAAAUGGAAGGAUCGGAAACUCCAGUUUUAUACCACAUCAUUCCCGAAAAGAGAAACGAAAGAAUAGGCAAUGCCAUGAUGGCUAGCGCUCAUACAUACGACAUGAGCCAAAUAGGCAAUGUUGCGCCCAACUUACCUAAAAGAACCACUGAUCGAGAAGGAAUGGUCGAAUUGGCACUGGAUCCAUCUGAAUUGGACAUGGACAGUGACGCCAUGGCUGUUAGAUAUGAACAACAGAUGAGGGAGAAUCAGUCACAAUUGCAGAAGGAAGAUCUUAGUGAUAUGUUGGCUGAACAUGUCGCAAAACAGAAGAGUAAAAGAAAGAGACAGCAACAGGACACCAAGCAGACGAAGAAAUACAAAGAGUUCAAAUUUUAGGGAUAUAAACAAUAUAGUAAUUCUAAUUAUUGUUAUUUUUCAAGGCAUUUUAUUCUGUGCACGUAUUUAGUUUGGUUGUACUGUGUUUUUAGUCAUAAUUUGUAAUUAUAUUAUGUAAAACAUUUAAAUUUUAUUUAAUUCCAGG